UGCACUGCGGUGUUUCCCGCGCGUGUCACCCCAGUUCCUGGGCGUACGGCGCGGCCUUUCGUACCGCCGCCGGCGCCGCAGCCGUCAUGGGUUUCCUGAAAUUGAUUGAGAUCGAGAACUUUAAGUCUUACAAGGGUCGACAGAUUAUCGGACCAUUUCAGAGGUUCACCGCCAUCAUUGGACCCAAUGGCUCUGGUAAGUCAAAUCUCAUGGAUGCCAUCAGCUUUGUAUUGGGUGAAAAAACCAGCAACUUGCGGGUGAAGACUCUGAGGGACCUAAUCCACGGAGCUCCUGUGGGCAAGCCAGCGGCCAACCGGGCUUUUGUCAGCAUGGUCUACUCUGAAGAGGGUGCCGAGGAUCGCACCUUUGCCCGUGUCAUUGUUGGGGGUUCCUCUGAGUAUAAGAUCAACAACAAAGUGGUCCAGCUACAUGAGUACAGUGAGGAAUUAGAGAAAUUGGGCAUUCUCAUCAAGGCUCGUAACUUCCUCGUCUUUCAGGGUGCUGUAGAGUCUAUUGCCAUGAAGAACCCCAAAGAGAGAACAGCUCUGUUUGAAGAAAUCAGUCGCUCCGGGGAGCUGGCCCAGGAGUAUGACAAACGAAAAAAAGAAAUGGUGAAGGCUGAAGAGGACACACAAUUUAAUUACCAUCGCAAAAAAAAUAUUGCGGCUGAACGCAAGGAGGCCAAACAGGAGAAAGAAGAGGCUGACCGCUACCAGCGCCUAAAGGAUGAGGUAGUUCGUGCUCAGGUACAGCUGCAGCUUUUUAAGCUUUAUCAUAAUGAAGUGGAAAUUGAGAAACUCAAUAAGGAACUCGCCUCUAAGAACAAGGAGAUUGAGAAGGACAAGAAACGUAUGGACAAGGUAGAGGAUGAGCUAAAGGAGAAGAAGAAGGAGCUGGGCAAAAUGAUGCGGGAGCAGCAGCAGAUUGAAAAGGAGAUCAAGGAGAAGGACUCAGAACUGAAUCAGAAGCGGCCUCAGUACAUCAAAGCCAAGGAAAAUACCUCCCACAAAAUCAAGAAGUUAGAAGCAGCCAAGAAGUCACUACAGAAUGCUCAGAAGCAUUUCAAGAAGCGUAAAGGUGACAUGGAUGAGUUAGAAAAGGAGAUGCUCUCUGUAGAAAAAGCCCGGCAAGAAUUUGAGGAACGGAUGGAAGAGGAGAGCCAGAGUCAGGGUAGAGACUUGACCUUAGAGGAGAAUCAGGUAAAGAAAUACCAUCGGUUGAAAGAAGAGGCCAGCAAGAGAGCAGCUACCCUGGCUCAGGAGCUUGAGAAGUUCAAUCGAGACCAGAAAGCGGACCAGGACCGGCUGGAUCUGGAAGAGAGGAAGAAAGUGGAAACAGAGGCUAAGAUCAAGCAAAAACUGCGGGAGAUUGAAGAGAACCAGAAGCGAAUUGAGAAACUGGAGGAAUACAUCACGACUAGCAAACAGUCCCUGGAGGAGCAGAAGAAGCUUGAGGGGGAACUGACAGAGGAGGUGGAGAUGGCGAAGCGGCGUAUUGAUGAGAUCAAUAAGGAGUUGAACCAGGUGAUGGAGCAGCUGGGGGAUGCCCGCAUUGACCGCCAGGAGAGCAGCCGCCAGCAGCGAAAGGCAGAGAUUAUGGAAAGCAUCAAGCGCCUGUAUCCUGGUUCUGUGUAUGGGCGCCUCAUUGACCUCUGCCAACCCACACAAAAGAAGUAUCAGAUUGCAGUAACCAAGGUUUUGGGCAAGAACAUGGAUGCCAUUAUUGUGGAUUCAGAGAAGACAGGCCGUGACUGUAUUCAGUAUAUCAAGGAACAGCGUGGGGAACCUGAGACCUUCUUGCCUCUUGACUAUCUGGAGGUGAAACCUACAGAUGAGAAACUCCGAGAGCUGAAGGGGGCCAAGCUGGUGAUUGAUGUGAUUCGCUAUGAGCCACCUCAUAUUAAAAAGGCCUUGCAAUAUGCUUGUGGAAAUGCCCUUGUCUGUGAUAAUGUAGAGGAUGCCCGCCGCAUUGCUUUUGGCGGACACCAGCGUCACAAGACAGUGGCACUAGAUGGUACACUGUUCCAGAAAUCUGGAGUGAUCUCUGGCGGGGCCAGUGAUCUGAAGGCCAAGGCAAGGCGUUGGGAUGAGAAAGCUGUAGACAAAUUGAAAGAGAAGAAGGAGAGAUUGACAGAGGAGCUAAAAGAGCAGAUGAAGGCAAAGCGAAAAGAAGCAGAACUACGUCAAGUGCAGUCUCAGGCCCAUGGACUGCAGAUGCGGCUCAAGUAUUCACAGAGUGACCUGGAACAGACCAAGACACGGCAUCUAGCCCUCAAUCUGCAGGAAAAAUCCAAGCUGGAGAGUGAACUAGCCAACUUUGGGCCUCGCAUCAAUGAUAUCAAGAGGAUUAUCCAGAGCCGAGAGAGGGAAAUGAAAGACUUGAAGGAAAAGAUGAAUCAGGUAGAAGAUGAAGUUUUUGAAGAGUUUUGUCGGGAGAUAGGUGUACGCAACAUCCGAGAGUUUGAGGAAGAGAAGGUGAAGCGACAGAAUGAAAUUGCCAAGAAGCGUUUGGAGUUUGAAAAUCAGAAAACUCGCUUGGGCAUCCAGUUGGAUUUUGAAAAGAACCAAUUGAAAGAAGACCAGGAUAAAGUACACAUGUGGGAGCAGACUGUGAAAAAGGAUGAAAAUGAGAUAGAAAAACUUAAGAAGGAGGAGCAAAGACACAUGAAGAUCAUAGAUGAGACCAUGGCCCAGCUACAAGACCUGAAGAAUCAGCACCUGGCCAAGAAGUCAGAGGUGAAUGACAAGAAUCAUGAAAUGGAGGAGAUUCGUAAGAAACUGGGGGGCGCCAACAAGGAAAUGACCCAUUUACAGAAGGAGGUGACAGCUAUUGAGACCAAGCUUGAACAGAAGCGCAGUGACCGCCACAACCUGCUGCAGGCCUGCAAGAUGCAAGACAUUAAGCUGCCACUGUCUAAGGGUACCAUGGAUGAUAUUAGUCAGGAGGAGGGUAGUUCCCAGGGAGAAGAUUCAGUGAGUGGUUCCCAGCGAACAUCAAGUAUCUAUGCACGAGAGGCCCUCAUUGAGAUCGACUAUGGCGACCUGUGUGAGGAUCUGAAGGAUGCUCAGGCUGAGGAGGAGAUCAAACAGGAGAUGAACACACUGCAGCAAAAACUAAAUGAGCAGCAGAGUGUACUCCAACGUAUUGCUGCUCCCAAUAUGAAGGCCAUGGAAAAGCUGGAAAGUGUCCGAGACAAGUUCCAGGAGACCUCAGAUGAAUUUGAGGCUGCUCGUAAGCGAGCCAAGAAGGCCAAGCAGGCAUUUGAACAGAUCAAGAAGGAGCGUUUUGAUCGCUUCAAUGCUUGUUUUGAAUCUGUGGCUACCAACAUUGAUGAGAUCUACAAGGCCCUCUCCCGCAACAGCAGUGCCCAGGCAUUUUUGGGCCCUGAGAACCCUGAGGAGCCUUACUUGGAUGGUAUCAACUACAAUUGUGUGGCUCCUGGCAAACGCUUCCGGCCAAUGGAUAACUUGUCAGGGGGGGAGAAAACAGUGGCAGCUCUGGCCCUAUUGUUUGCUAUCCACAGCUACAAGCCAGCUCCCUUCUUCGUCCUGGAUGAGAUUGAUGCUGCCCUGGAUAACACCAACAUUGGCAAGGUGGCGAAUUACAUCAAGGAGCAAUCAACUUGCAACUUCCAGGCCAUUGUCAUCUCUCUUAAGGAGGAGUUCUACACCAAGGCUGAGAGCCUCAUUGGAGUCUACCCUGAGCAAGGGGACUGUGUGAUCAGCAAAGUCCUGACCUUCGACCUCACCAAGUACCCUGAUGCCAACCCCAACCCCAAUGAACAGUAGCAGUAAUUUGCCCUUCUACCCUGUCUGGAUCCCUAAUGUUCUCCCCCUUUCACCCUCUGGAUAUUUGACUCCCAGCUUUCCCCUACCUCCUGUCCCUGUUAGGUUUAGGUAUGGGAUUUAAGCACUGCUAUCAAGCACGAAGAGGAACAGAGGUGAUGUUAGGUCUGGAGCAAAAUUUCUGAACUACAGGGAGCAUCCUGGCCUCUGGAAGGUGCUGAGCUGAACUGAGCUGCACAGGGCCAUCUGUCUGUUCUCCCUCCUCACCCUUCAGACCUCUUAAUCACCCAUAGCCAUGGGUCCCUUGGGCCCACUUGCAUUGCUUGUGUGUGGGUAUGUAUGUGUGCACAUGUGUGCAUGUGGAUGUGUUCGAAAACUAAUAAAGAUGAUGGAGACUGAUUUUAGAAGAAGCCUAGAUGAAUUUGAUUCAAAGAGAGCUUAGUAUGAUAGUACCCCAGAGCUUAGGCACAGCUAUUUAGGACCUCUUAAGGGACAGGCAGUCACAUGAAAAUUACCCUCAUUCACUAAUCUGUGUUUUCACUCAUUUGUGUAUUCAUCAAACACGUUCUGAACAUGCUCUAUUGUCAGGCUCUAUGCUAGAAAUACAGUGCCGAAUCAGACACUAUCUCCACCUUCCUCAGAGAUACAGUGAGUUCAUGAGUUUCUGUGGUUAUAUUAAUGUCAUGUGUAUAGGUACUUUGAAGAGAUGAUAAUCUGCAGGCUUCCUGGGAAAGGUCACAUUGGAGUUGAACCAUGACAGAUUGGUAGGAUUUGCUCAGGCACUAGGGAGCGUGGGACAGACAGUUGUGGGUUCUUGGCAUUGGGCAAAUCAUUUGAUCUUUCUGUGCCUCAGUUUCCUCAUCUGUAAAAUGGGGUUAACAAUAUUACCUACCUCAUAGAAUUUAAUGAUGUCAAGUUCAUUACUGGAGGCCUUAGUCCUGCUUGGAGCUCAUCAGGUGCCAACCUCUCAAUCUAUGACGUCUUGUGCUUGGACCCCUGAAGGUUUCUGAUCCUAAAUCUGUGAGAUGCCCAAUGCCUUGAUUAUUGGAAAGGUUCCAGGGCACUGAUGGUGUUUAGGUAAUAAAUAGAGGGCCUAAGGAAGCCUGUAGCUUCAGCAUUAUGGUAACUGGUGCCUGGGCCCCAGCUUGGGUUUGAGGAAAUAAAGAAGAGGUACCCUGGGCCACAUUUGGCUGACUGCAUGUGAUGUUCCUUUUGGGAACUAACCACAUUAGCUGUAGGAACCGUACUGAAGCAGCACAGCCUACUGACAUACUGUCAGACCCUAUCCUGAUUGUGUAUAUUACAUUUUUGUUUUUAAAAUGUUGAAUCCAUACUAAUUACCCAAAAAUUCAACACAUAAAUUCAUUUUCUUUAGAGAUUAUAUUUUACAGAUAAAGCUAGCUUCAUUAUUAAUCUCUUCCUCCUUUUUAUUGUAUUUUCAUCUAAAAUUAAAAAUUUUACAGAUAUAUGAAAUCAUUGAAAAUAUCAUGUUUAAAGCAAAUGACAAAUUGAUUUUGCUUUCUUAUUGUUUUUGAGAUCUAUGCAUGUUGCUAAAUGUAGAUUUAAAGACCUUCAUAUGAUUCUGCUACAUUUUACUUCCCAUUUCUCUAGUAGUGAUAGUGUCUUUUUUCAACUUUAGUAUGACAGAAUACUACACAGGAGUACCAUGUGUGUGCAUGCAUGUGUAUGUAAGUUUACUUAGAGUUCCUAGAGUUCAUUCUUAAAAGUUGAAUCACGGUGUCAUAGGAUAUUAUAUAUUUUUUAAUAGAUACUUCUAAAUUACCUUCUUGUACUCUUAGUAUUUCUAAGGUCUACCAUUGUUGUCUACUUUAGUUUUAGCCUAAGUAAUGUUAUAGUGAAACCAUGGCUUUUAUAUUCUAAUUAUGUAUUUUGUAUAUAGUAAAAGUCCCAAGUCUCAGAACAAAAUAAACUUGUCCAUAUUCAACCAAAGAAGUCACAUACCACCACGGUUAUAGUUUGAAAACUGCUGGCAUGAAUGGAAGAGCAGUUUGGGAGUCAGCUGUGGUUCAGAUCCUAGCUGUAAGAACUUGAACCCCAUUACUUCCUCUCAGAUACUUUGUUUCCUCACGUAGAAAGGGAUAUAGUAUAUGCCUACUUUGUAAGAGUACAGAUGAAAUAUGUUUGAAGCAAUUUGGCACCUAGCUCAUCAGAGGCUUUAAAGGCAGUGAUUGCUAUUCCCCCUACUUGACAGAUAAGGUCUAGGAAAGUUAAAUGACCCAACUAUCAGAUAAUAGUGAAAAACAGUGAGUGUUUGAACCCAGACUCUCCAUUCAUGUGCUUUCUCCACUGUAAGAAGUAGUUAUCUUGAUUUUGCACCAAGAAAUAGCUUGUUAAGUAUUUUCUUUUUCCUUUUUUAAAAAUUAAAGCAAUACAAAUACAGGUUAAAGAAUAAAAUAGUAAAUAAGGGCUUGUAAUGAAAAGCAGCAAUUUCUGUGGCAUCCCCGCAUCCAAAGGAUUUGGUUCUCCUUGUGCUGGUCACAUGUCUGGGAAUCUUAAUUCAGUGGGUGUGGAUAGUAAUUGGAAUAACUAAUCCCUACCUCACAGGGAUGGAAAGGAUUACAUUAUAUAUCUGGACUUAAGGCCAUGGCACAUAGGAAUGUGAUUGAGGUCUUGAGGAUCAGAGCGUAGAUGAUCAAUAUCCCAGUGGUUCAGUGGCAGAACUUUGACUUCAUCUUGGAUUUCCUUUGUGCCACACUACCGUGAAUCAUCACAUAUUUAAGGAAGGCUGUGUUCAUAGGUAAGCAAUCACUAUGGUAUAUUUUUGCAAGUAAGCUGAGCAAGUAGAAUCUUCAGUUUGCCGAAAGACACUAAGGUUGACUUUCUUAAACUCUGGACCAUUAACCUUGCUCUUGGUAAUCAAAGAAUACCCAGAAAAGUCUAUAUCAUUUUUUGGCUUUUUGGGUCAUAACUGGCGAUGCACAGGGUUACUUCUGGCUCAUGCACUCAGGAAUUACUCCUGGCGGUGCUCGGGGGACCAUAUGGGAUGCUGGGAAUUGAACCCGGGUAGGUCGUGUGCAAGGCAAACAUCCUACCCGCUGUGCUAUUGCUUCAGCCCCAACAAUCUAUAACUUUAAUUGGGCAUCUGACUCUAUGAGUCAUGUACACAAGAGUCAUGAAAUAAUUCAAAUAUUUAUCUUCCUUUUGAGGAGUUCACUGUCUAGUUGGGAGGGCAAUUCAUUCUUUAAAGAGCCAUUGAGCAUACAGAGUGAUCAGCACUUUGAUAGGAGCACAGAAUAAGGAGGAUCACUUUUUUGCUUAGCCAGAAGUUCAGGGAAGGCAUCAUCUCACCUAGGAGGUGAAUCUUAAGGAACUGGAAGGAAUUAGGUAAGGUACAGGAAUUACCAGGUAUUGAGAACAGUAUGCACAAAGACCUGAAGGCCAGAUGUACCAAACCAGUUAAGAAAUACUGAACACCAGUAUUCUUGAGGUGGGAAGAGCAACAAAACCUGAAGCUGGAGAGGUGAUGAAGGACCAUAUUUUGAAGGGGUUCUGAGGGACCAGUUAAAAAGUUCAGAUUUACUUUAUGUAAAUACUGAAUGAGCUAUUCACAGGAAACUGGGCAUCCUGGGUCCCCAGCCUCUAAAGGUCCAGUUUCUGCAACUUGGAUGGGGCCUUGGGAUCUUGAAUUUGUAAAUGUCAGCAUAUGACUUUAGGGUGCAGGUAGGUUUGAGAACUAUAGCCAGAAGGCAAUAGGGGAACCAUAGAAUGAUUUUAAGCAGGGGAGACACCUUUUUAAACUCACAUAUGAAUUUCAACAAACCCUUUCUUUUCUGGCCUACCUUUAUAGAAGUAGGUUAAGCAGGUUACUAUAUUAUAUAUUUGCUUGUUUUGUCUCUGAAUAAGCAGUAAGCACCAGAAGGGUGAGCUUGAUGUUAUCUUGCUGCUGGUAUACCCCUAGGAAAAAGCAUAGUGCGUAACAAAAUAGGCAGCCAAUUAAUUGUUUUUGAGUGAAUGUAACUUACUGAAUGCAUUUAUGAGGGAGAGAUUAGAGAUGGAGAUCAGUUGUAAAAACUAUUGAAUAAAGACCAGGAGGUCUUCUCUAGGACAGAGGCAGCGGGAAUAAUUAGAGGUCACAAAUUAUGAGUUGUUGAGGAAAACUGAUGAACUAAAGACUUGGUGUCUGUUGAUUGGAUGUAGAGGGUGACUGAGAAGAUAGAAUGAGUACCCAUUAAUAGCCAAGAUUCCUACCUUAUCCCAGUCACUUUUCCUCAUCCCUCUCAAUAAGAAUAUUCCAGCCUCUUCAGCAGCUGAAAUUCCUUCCACAUUCUGUGUGUGUUGUGUGGUCUCCCAUUUCCCUGGCCAUUGAUCUAUUCAUCCGGUUCAAUAAUCUUGGCUAAGUACCUCCUGUAUUCAGUGAGUCUCUCUCAAGCCAGUAUUUGACUCCCUUUUUCCUACCUCUAGAGAAUUUUUUGAGGGCUUCCCUAGCUAAGAGUUACAUCCUUUAUAAAUAACCUAAAGGGAGAUACCCAUAUAUCAGACCUGUAAGGAAACUUGCAGGCAUUGUCUAACUUCCCCUCCGGAGGCUUUUGGUGGGGGAAGGAAUUUGCCCAAGGUUCCACUAGUAGGAAUUGUUGAAGCUAGAACAACAAGUCCUUUCUCCACAUUAUUCCUAGAGCCUUGAAUUCUCAUUCCAGAGCAGGAAUGACAGAGGUGGCCAGGGAGAAGGUGGGACUCAAGUUGAGCCUUGAAGGUUGAUGUACUGAUAGGCCAAAAAGCAUGUCAGUUACCGCCCUGUUCUGUAUACCCUCAGUAAAACCUGCCAUGUCCAUAGUCCUUUCUUAGGGGUUCCUUAAGCAUGACGUGUUAUGCUCUGUACCAAGUGACCUCAAUCCUGACUACAGAUGGUUAGAUUGGAAUUGUAUCUCAUUCAAAGAUAGCUAGUCUCCAGGCUGGUGAGCCCCUAUUAGGUGGACUGAUGUAAGAAUGUCAUAGGGAGAUGGCCUGUAUCAAAUGGCAAAUAUUUAAAACACUCAGAUUGUUUUUUAGGGAGACUGAAUGUGAUACUUUUCAGAAAUGAGCAGUUAAUUAGAAUUUAGUGAGGCAGAAAUGGCGAAUGAGGGGUACCGGAAACUAAGCAACAAAAGCAAGGAGAAAGGUGUAGAAACCAUGAAAUGUAUGUACCAUGAAGCCAUGAAGCAACAAGAUAGCAAUGGGCCAAAAACACAGAAGCCAUGAAGCUAUAGAAGCCACAAUGUAGCAAAAGCCACAAGGAACAGAAAUCAUGAAAGGAAACUGAAACUGAGAUCCAUGAAGCAGCAAAAGACUUGAACAGACAAGAUCUGAGAAGUGAUAGAAAUGAGCAAGAGCAGAGCUGCAAGGUAGCUGAAACCAUGUGGUAGAAAGACUAUAGGAAUCAAAACUGCAGGAAUGAAAAGGUACAAAGAAGUAACAAAAGACCUGGAUUAACAGGAACUGACUCUCUAAGAGCCAAGAAGUUGCAAGAGCCUGGAGGCCCUGAAGGCUUGGCUAUGAAAGAGGAGAGCAGAAAUAAUGGUAGUCAGCAGUAGGAGUAUAAAUACAGCCAGAAAGAAGUUGAGUCACCAUUUUGGGACUCACUAGAGAGGAGAGCAACAGAUGCCUGCAGCUGAGGGGGUGACAAGAUAAACCAGGCUCUAGAGCUGCUUUUGGAUCAUGAACUGUUUUCAAGUUUCUGUUCUUUCAUGAGGCUGCCUAUGUAGCUGUUUUUGUCUUCCUUAUUUCCCUGUAAAUGCUUCAAUAAAUCUUCAUCAUU